GAUGGCGCGGCGGCUGCUCGCCCUGCUCGCGCUCCCCGCGCUCCUCGCGGCCGCUGCGGCGAGCCCGCUGGCGUGGCAGAAGGACUGCGCGCAGGGCCCCGAGGUGUGGUGCCGGAGCCUGCGCGCGGCGGCGCGCUGCGGCGCCCUCAAGCACUGCCAGCAGACCGUGUGGAGCAAGCCCUCCGUGAACAGUAUCCCCUGCGACUUGUGCAAGGAGCUGGUGACAGUGGCUGGCAAGGUUUUGAAGGACAAUGGCACGGAGGAUGAGAUCCGCUCUUACUUGGAGAAGACGUGUGAGUUUCUUCCUGACCAGAGCCUGGUCUCUGAAUGCAAAGAAAUUGUGGAUUCCUACCUGCCCGUCAUCAUGGAUAUGAUCAAGGAAGAGCUGGACAAACCCGAGGUAGUUUGCAGCGCCCUGUCGUUGUGCCAGUCCCUUCAGAAGCACCUCGCAGCCAUGAAGCUUCAGAAGCAGCUCCAGUCCAAUAAGAUACCAGAGCUGGACUUCUCCGAACUGGCCUCUCCCUUCAUGGCUAACGUGCCUCUUCUCCUGUACCCUCAGGACAAACCCAAGCAGGAGUCCAAGGGCACUGGCGAUGUGUGCAGAGACUGCAUCCAGCUCGUUACGGACCUGCAGGAGGCCGUGAGGACCAACGCCUCCUUUGUGAAGUCCUUGGUGGCCCACGCCAAGGACGAGUGCGACCGCCUGGGACCUGGCAUGUCUGACAUGUGCAAGAGCUACAUCUCUGAGUAUUCAGACUUGGCCAUCCAAAUGAUGAUGCACAUGAAGGAUCAGCAACCGAAGGACAUUUGUGCCAUGGUUGGGUUCUGUCCUUCCCUGAAAUCCGUUCCUCUUCAGAAGCUGGUGCCAGCUCAAGUGGUUCAAGAGGUGAAAAUGGAGACUGUGGAGAAGACAGCAGCUCAGGAGAAGGCUCUUUCUGUGUGCGAAAUAUGUGAGACGGUGGUGAAGGAAGUGACUGGCCUGCUGGAGAGCAACAAGACAGAGGAGGAGAUCGUGCACGAGAUGGAGGUGGUCUGCUACCUGUUCCCGGCGAGCGUCAGGGACCAGUGCAAGGACUUCAUAGACGUCUACGGGCAGGCCGUGAUCGACAUGCUUCUGGAGGCCACCAACCCCGAAGCKGUGUGUGUUCUGCUCAAGUGCUGCGCCAGCAGCAAGCCGCCCCAGCCAGCUGUAGUGAAACCUGCGGGUGGCUUCUGUGAYGUCUGCAAGAUGGUGGUGGCUUAUGCAGACAAGGAGCUGGAGAAGAAUGCCACAACGGCGGAGAUCGAGGCUUUGCUGGAGAAAGUCUGUCACUUCCUUCCAGAGUCCGUGAGCGACCAGUGCGUUCAGUUUGUGGAGCAAUACGAGCCCGUGGUGGUGCAACUGCUGGCGCAGAUGAUGGAUCCCACUUUUGUCUGCACGAAACUUGGCGUCUGUGCAGCAGCUAAAGAGCCUCUGCUGGGGGAUGAUGCCUGUGUCUGGGGCCCGGGCUACUGGUGCAAGAACAUGGAGACGGCUGCUCAGUGCAAUGCCGUGGAUCACUGCAAACGUCACGUGUGGAACUAAAAGCAGCUUUUCCAGUUCUCAAAGUGCCCCCGGUGGCGCCCGCGGCCUCGCUAACCAUUUGACCCUCGAGUCCCUUUGUUGUAACUUUGCUGUAGCAGCGCCGCUGUCGGAGGAGCGGAUCCUCGUCGUUCACUUGACAGAUAUUUCCGACUGUACAGUUUAACUCAUUAUGCUCCUAAAAAUAGUCAGUGUUGUAGAUUUGAAUUGGUAGGCUGAAGUGUUUUUAGGCGCAGAGGAGGUGAAAUGAGACGAGGAUGUUUUAAUUAAAAAGGAAAGAACGAGACAGUGAUGAAACUUUCAAGCGUCUUUCUGUAGCUGGAAGAUUUCAAGCUUUGCAUUUCUAACAUCUGCCUGGAAUAUUAACUUGCUGUGGUAACUGUAGGGGAACCCUGAGGGGUAAAACGUUGCGUCCCUGACUCCCUCUGGCUGGAAUUCUCAAAGCUUCCCAAAUGUAGCGGGGGGCUCUGCAACUUUCAAAGCAGCUGGUGCACAAAGUGCACUGGCCUUGGAGUCGCUUGAGGAACCCCUUGGUCAGCAUUUGGAUCAUGAUUCUUUCUUCCUUGGACCCCUGGGGUGAAAUAUGGAUGUUUCCCAGUUGGGCCUGACUGGGAUUUUUGGGGACAUGUUGGGAACUGCUCCAUUUUGUCCUCAGUCCUUCCUGGCCUUGCAGCUUUCUAUGUGCAGGAUGGAGAGGAAGGGCUGGUUGGAAGAUCAAGGGGGAGAAGAAGGCCCUGGGGGCUGUGCACAUGGCCAACGAGCUCGGUGAGAAGGCAGCGCGCGUGGGAAACGGCCUCAGCACCGCGUGCCCUUCCUCCCCUUGCUUUGCUCUUCUGCCCCAGGCUGUUCCAGCUGCGGAGGGGCUGGGGGCCUUGCUGAGCUGCCCUCCAAACUGGCGCCUGGCCUUCCCAACAACCCCCCGGGUGACUCUUCCAGGAAAUCCCAGGUUUUGCAGACCCCGCAAGGUGCUGUCUCGGGUGGCUGAGCACACCUUGAUGUCCACGUGCUGCUGAGCGUAGAAGAAGCCCAGCCACAGAGGAUGGGCUCCCCUGAGACCCAGCCAGCCCUGGGCUUGGAGGGCAGCAGGAASCCUGUUUUCCAUGGCUUCCCGUGGUGGUUGAGUCCUCACCACACCGGGAAGCGUGCAGUUCUGAACAAGUUAACCCCCCAAUGCAGRUCCCAGAACAACUCUGCAAAGACCCUGCGCAGAGGUGGAGCUUUGGCAAUUCCAGCCCCUUGGGAAAGGUGCCAGCACCUGCUUGGGUGGUGUCGGGGGGGAGGCCGGGGGAGCUCUAGGGAUAGCACGUUAGGAACAAGCAAACUAAUCUUCCUGAGUUUCACUGAAAACCACUCGACUGCAGCUUUUUUUGUACAUACUAAAUGCCUGGGCAGCGUUGCCAGAUCCUGGGCUGUCUUUUUUGUUUGUGUCUGUGCGAGGCAAGAAAACAAGGGCCCUGAAGACGA